AUGAGACUUUUAACACAUAAUUUUUUAAAAUGCAAUGAAACACAGUGCACAGGAGGUUAUCCGCUAAACAUAAAAUUAGAUAUGGAUUCUCAAGAAAAUAUAAAAAUAAUAGAUCAAGAUAUAAAUGUAGAAUUUGUAAAAAAUGUAUUGUCAAAAGUUGAUUACGAUGUUUUAUAUAACACAGCUAAGCAGUUUGGUAUAAAUUUACUUGCUAGCUAUAAUAGUGAUCACCUGGAAGAUGAAGAAUUUUUAAAUUCAGUUCAUCAUGCCCUUUUUAAGGUUCAUAUAAUGGAAGGGUCUUUGGUAUGUCCUAAAUGUAACAUUUCUUUUCCAAUAAAAGAUGGAAUUCCUAACAUGUUAACUGGAAACGAAAAAUAA